AUUCUUAGUGAUUUUUUUAGAUCUCUUUUAAAUAAUUUUUUUUUUUUAAAUUCGGUGAAAGUGGAUUGAAAGAAUUUCACCUGAGCUGUGAAUUAGUAAUGCCAGGUAGGCUUGUAAGUAGGUAGGCUUUUAAGCUGGUAGGCAUGUAAGCAGGAAGGGGGGAAAAUUAUAGGAUUUGAGUUUGAGAAAAAUAAUUUUAAAUCACAAUACUGUAGUGGCUAUUUUUUAAGGCCUUAAAUAUCUGUUUGUUAAACAUUCAGGCAAUCUCAUGGUUUCAUGUUUGUUUGUUUUGUUUGUUGUUGUUGUUUUUUUUUGUUGGGGGCGGGGGGGGGGCGCAUAAAUUAAAGUGCAGAGUUUCUACAAAUUUCAAUAUUUAAAAGUCAUAGAGAAAUUUUUUUGGUCAAUGUGGGGUGGGCAUCAAAACCACAAAAAAUAAAAUAAAUUGUCAUUGACUCUUGAUCCUCCAUAUUACAAUAAAUUGAGUGAAAUGUUAACUAUAAAUACAUGUGUAGUAGCACAUAUAGCAAGUCUUUACAGUAGGCACAUACAGUGUUGACUCUAACGAAUGGACGUAGAAUUUAUAAAUUAGAAUUUAAAAACAUUUUCUUGUAAUUUCUUUGACGUAAAAAACUAAUUAUUUAUUGGUCUUAUUCCAUUGAUUGGUCAUAUUCCAUUGAUUGGUUAUCUUCCAUUGAUUGGUCAUAUGCCAAUGAAUAUUGAUGAAUGAAGAAGGCGAAUAAACCCAUAUAAAUGCACAAAGAAUAAUACACGUCUCCUGAAGUUAAAACUAUCUAUCUGAAUCUCCGUCUCUCAGUAUCUGUCACUCCCUUAUAAACAUAAGACGCUUCCAGAAAAAGACUUAUAACGUGUUGUCUACAUUUCUCGGGUUAUCGAGAACAUUCGACAAGAUACUAGGCCAUGUUUAAUUGGUAAACACGGUUGUAAACAAGAUACAUCAAUAAGAUUCAACCAAGCCCACAAUAAACGUUACCGUCUGCUAGUAGUCUAAUGCGGGGUCAAAGAAAGUUCACGCAAGGGGAAUGUGUGCUACAUUACAUAACAGUCAUAUUCCAUUUAUUGGUCAUAUCCCAUUUAUUGGUCAUAUUCCAUUGAUUUGUCAAAUUUUAUUGAUUGGUGAUAUUCCAUUGAUUGGUGAUAUUCCAUUGAUUGGUCAUAUUCCAUUGAUUAGUCAUAUUCCAUAUAUAGGUCACAUUCCAUUUAUUGGUCACAUUCCAUUUAUUGGUCACAUUCCAUUUAUUGGUCACAUUCCAUUUAUUGGUCACAUCCCAUUUAUUGGUAACAUUCCACAUAUUGGUCACAUUCUAUAUAUUGGUCACUUUCCAUAUAUUUGUCAUAUUCCAUUUAUUGAUUAUAUUCCAUUUAUUGGUAACAUUCCACAUAUUGGUCACAUUCACUUGGUGUACGGAGUGCCAGAGGGGUCCGUUUUGGGCGAGGUUCUAUUCACAUUGUGUAGCAGGCCACUGCUCCUCUUGCUUGGGAGGCAUGCUGUGGAGAGCCAGUCAUUUGCAGACGACACGCAGCUAUACAAGCAUACCCAUCCCUCUCAUGUCGAUUCUGCUAUCCGGUCUUUUCGGGAGAGCAUUGGUGAUGUCAAGACAUGGAUGACACUCAGCAAGUUGAAGCUUAACGAUGACAAAACGGAAACACUCCUUAUUCACGAUCAUUACAUCAUCCUCUAACUCAGCUCUCCCCACUUCAUUUCAUGUAGGUAACACCGACAUACAGCAAAACAUUUCUUAGAAAAAUUACAAAAGGUUCAAAACUCAGCCGCUAGGUAAAUUCUAAGACGAGAAAACGUGAUCACGUCACACCACUACUUGAUCCACUUCAUUGGCUCCCUAUACAAGCACAGAUUGACUACAAACUCUCUGUUCUCUGUCACAACUUUUUCUCGAAUUCCUCCCCUUCCUAUCUAACCGAACUUCUCUGUCCCCCCCAAAAAAAAAAAUGGAAUUCUCUUUCAUUACACAUCCGCAAUAUACCGACCAUCACAACCUUCAAAACUGCGCUCCAGACACAUCUCUUUAAAUCUCUACUAUCCUGACUGAUUCCCACCUCUGACCGAACAACGAUGCUGUUGGCACUGUUGGGUGUCGUCCAUGGCUUGACAUGCAAAUAAUUUUAAAUAUACUUUUGUUUUAUUUAAUUAGUGUAUGUGUGUUAAUUAAUUGUUACAGUUUUCGAUAUGUUUGUUAAAUGUGUAUGCACAGCGUGGUGAGACCAGCGCUAGGCUGGGGUACCACGCUCAAUAAAACCACUUAUAAUCAUCAUCAUCAUUCCAUUAGUUCAGACGAUUUUAAAAGGGGCCGUCCAAAAAGCACGUCACGCUUUAGAAAAAGGUGUGAAAUUUUGGCACACGCAAAAGGGGGGGGGUGUAAAAGAUCGUGCGUGACGUCACGUAUUUUGGAGGGGGGAAAAAAUUAAACAUUUAAAAGAAUUAAAUGUACGAAACACCACCAAAACAACCCACCUGCUGAAAUAGGCAGUGAUUAGUUGAACUUUGUAUUGUGAUGGGUCCAUCUUUCCAUACUUUGAAUAGUGCCAUAGUGGGCUGGGGUUUAGAUUACAUUGGAAGUAUUUACUAAUAUUUAUGGUCAAUGGAAUUCGAAAGCGUGGCGUACUUGAGGAGAGAAGGGGGGGGGGGUUGAGGCGAAGAUUUGGGACGCAUUUUUUUAGGGGGGGGGGUUGCACAUUUUCCCCCUCCAAAAAUAGCGUGACUAUCGUGAGGUAGUAUAUGGAGGGCCCCAAAAUCCCGUUAAUGUCAACCAAGUUGUGAUUAUGAAUGCUAACUCGUAGACGAGACCUAGUUAUUCCAAGACGUAUGUAUAGAUGCCCUGUAGAAAUACAAGCCUAGGAUAUUCUCUUAUCACCUGACUAACAUGAAUAAUGUGUAUACAAUUUUGGAUCCGCAGACAAAUACGAGUUUGACACCAUAUCAAACCAAAGUCCUGGCCUUGCGACACCUGGCCCUGAGACACCUUGCCUUGAGACACCUGGCCCUGCCACAGCUGGCCCUGCCACAGCUGGCCCUGCCACACCUGACAUCACAUCACGGAAGAUGGGCUGGAAGAUAUUCGGCUUCGUCAUGAGCGCCAUCUUCGUUGUCGUCGCGUUGUCCAUCUCCGCGGUCACGUGGUCUGGGCACUCGAGCAGAACCGAUGCCGCCCCGACGCCCCAAAUGAUUGACACGCCCUAUGGGCGCUACGUAGGAUCUGUGUCGACUGCAUUUGGGAAGAGCUCUAUCAGUUACAAAUCAAUUCCCUUCGCGAAACCACCCGUGGGCGCACUUCGGUUCAAACGCCCCCAGCCGCUAGCCGAGUCCUAUGGGAGUCACAUCCUCAACUCGGACAUGAAACCGUCUUGCUGGUCAGUGACUCGACCCAGCACAGAUCCCAAUUUUUCCGAGGACUGUCUGUACCUCAACGUUUAUACGCCGCUGGUCGAAGCCACCCAGGGCGCCACGAAUAGUUUUCCGGUCAUGGUGUGGAUCCACGGCGGGGGGUUCGUGGCAGGAAGUGCUUUUCCCGAGCCGACGAAGAUGGUCGCGCGGAGUAACGUCAUAGUGGUCACUGUCAACUACAGGCUGGGAGUGUUCGGGUUUCUGACCACCAAAGACGACGAUCUGCCCGCGAAUAACGGCCUGUGGGAUCAGUACUUGGCUCUCAAGUGGGUCAAAGAAAACAUUCACCACUUUGAAGGUAACGCCUCUGCCAUCACCGUCUUCGGCGAGUCCGCCGGUGCCAUCAGUACAGCCCUGCUUGCGGUGUCGCCCAUGUCGGCUGGUCUUUUCCAAAAGGCGAUUCUUCAGAGUGGAUCGCUAACUUCACCUUUGUCUCGGGAUUCUAUCAAAAGAGCGAGGGAGUUUGCCGAAAAGGUUGGCUGCGCCAGCCGAGCGGACGGCAACACAUCAGAUCUUGGCGCGUGUCUUCGACAGCUCAGCAUUGCUGACAUCCUCAACAACAGCCUGCCUUUUGGUUUCAACAUCACAGCGGCCCGGAAACAGGCCGAUUUCAUCUGGCAGCCGACGGUUGACGGCGAGUUCAUCCCCGAUGAACCCAUGGCCCUCCUGGCCAAUCACUCGUACCUUUUACAAGUUGGCGCCCUAAAAAAGGAUUACAUGAUCGGUCUGUUAAACAACGAGGGCGCCUUGUUAACCACCAACUUUUUGAAGCCCAUACCUUUACAAGACACAUUGAACGCAACCCUUUUCACCGAUCUCCUGGACUAUUUCCUCUACACCCGCUACGGUUUACUGCCAAACGAAAAUGCAAGAAUGCAAAAAGAAGUCCACACUUUCUACAGCGGUUCUCCUGAAAGUAGCUUAACUCCCCAGAAUAUUCUCGACGCAUUCGCUGAUCUGUUUUUCAUCGUCCCUGCGGUAGAGACCGCUUUGGCGCUGUCCUCGUGUUCUGCUCUGAGCCUCCACUACACCCCACCCGUCAAUUCAACGGCACCCCUUAGCUGCCCCAGUGUUAAAUCUAACAUCUAUUUCUACCUGUUUGAUUACUGCGCCCCGUCGAGCGAUCUCUUAAAGCCCCCGUGCAUGAAGCACGGGGAUGACGUGGCCUACGAGUUUCCAAAGAACACAUUAGCCGAUCCCGUUGAAAACAAACUGUCGGACACGUUCAUUGACAUACUGACGACGUUUGCCGCGACGUCAGAACCCGGCAGCGCCUUGACCUCAGAAUGGCCUUCGUUUGAGCCAUCCCUCCAGCGCUACCUCAGGCUGGACACUGUCCAGUCCAUCAGGCGAUAUCCUUUUGAUUACAGGGUAUCUUUCUGGCUCAAGACGAUACCUUAUUUAAUGAAGAACCGCUAACUCAUCACCUCUUUAUCUUAUCAAUCACUUGUUAUUUUGACUAGGGAUAUUGACAAUGGACAUGUUUGACUGGGAACAAAAGAACUUUGUGUCUAUACUAUGAAAGGUAUCGUCGCUGAGUGGCUGAAAUUGUUCCCAUCGUGUUUAAAGAUGUGUGUAAUUUGUGAAAUAAAUGCCGCCGUCUCUUGGUUUGACCAAUGAUCUAAUGAUACAGUUCUAGUCUCUGUACGAAAGCUCAUCCUUAAUAUUAAUCUAAUAUCAAUGUUUUGCGUUCUAAAGAUCUUGUUACGACUAAAUGGCUUAAAGUUAAUGCCCGCUGUAUCAACUCAGUAGCUGGGCACCUCGCCAUUCAGUAGCUGGGCACCUCGCCAUUCAGUAGCUGGGCACCUCGCCAUUCAGUCUCUUAGUACUUUUAGAGCGCGCGUUCUCGUAAACAUUCAAAGAAUGAAGAUGUGAACAAUCUAAAUUGCAUACAUUAAAUGUUGCGUUGAAUUCAUUCAUCACUUGGUUUGUGUUUUUAUUUUCAUCCAUCACUUGGUUUGUGUUUUUAUGUUACCUUGAAGAUGUUGCGUUGAAUUCAUCCAUCACUUGGUUUGUGUUUAUAUGUUACCUUGAAGAUGUUGCGUUGAAUUCAUCCAUCACUUGGUUUGUGUUUUUAUGUUACCUUGAAGAUGUUGCGUUGAAUUCAUCCA